CGGAAAAGCACCGUGGCCGAAAACUUGGAUAAAAAAAAUGGAAAAAGUAACUGGCUCACCAACUUUAUCGGUGUAUCCGCUGGCAAGAUAAGGAACAGCAGAAAUGGAGCCCUUGCUUUUCUGCCUGCCUCGCUUUUCCCUCUGACAAUGGAGUGGGGGGAAGAUAGCCAGAUUUUCUCGGAGUUCCAUUGAAAGUAUUUUUUUCUACUCAUGGAGAAAGGAGCGAGAAGAAGUCGGGAGUCAUGAGCACAGGUGUAAAGAAGCCUCCAUUAGCUCCCAAACCAAAACUCCCUGCUCCAACCAAGCCACCCAUCGCCCCAAAGCCAUGUCCUCUCUCCCAGUCUCCUCUUCUCUCCCAGCCCUCCCCUUCUACCCUUAAGAGGCCAAAGCCAGCUGUUGCUCCUAAACCGUGCCUUCCUCGAUCCACGGCCACUUCUCCACCGCCUGUUUCGCCCCCGCCGCCCAAACCAGCCGAACCUUUCAGUCUCUCCCAGGAGGAGACUUUGGAUGAGAACCUCUUUCAUCUCAACUCCAAGAAUGGGAUCUUAUCGGAGACAGGCAGGCGUACGUCGGAUUACAUCAUUCCCGCCUGCUCAUGCUCUGGCGAGGAGUUCUCCAAGUGCCAUCCGCAGGAAAAUGGAGACUCGACUGAGUCUCCAGCAGAUUUCCAUAAAGAGCCUCUGCAGAAUGGGGUUACCCCCGGCAAUAGCACACAAGAGGAAGGGGAGCUCCAGACGAGGGCCCCACCUGUUUCUAAGGAGGAAAGGAUUAGCAAAAAGCCAAGAGAUAAACCUCAAAGACAGAGAUACCUUGAUAGAGGAUUAGUUAACAAAGAGGCAGAGAGGACUGAGGAGGGAAAACGUGAGGAAAGUGGAGUUUCAGAACUUAAUGAUCCAGACGAGCUGACUGCGGCGCGUACGUCAGCCUGUGAUGUUGCAGGCAACAUCCUGACAAGUUUCGCUCCAUCGGAGCCUGAGGGAGACGGGGCCGAUUCCAUCAGCCGAACAUUUCUAAUCGGUUCCCAACCUGAUCUACCAGUCCCUGCUGCUCCCAGUAAGCCUCUCCCAGUCCCCCACCCACGGAGGUUUAAAAAGCCGACCCUGGUGAGGCAGGAUGGCGUGGAGGGUGGCACUCAGGAUCAGGUGGUGCUAGUGGAGGAACAGACAAAUGAGCCUGAGGGCAAACUGAGAGACGCUCCUCUGUCUGUCAGAACAGAGAACCAGGACGACUCUGAAACUCAGAGAGACUCGUGUUUGGUGGAUUCAGAGACAGACGUCCCCGUUCCGCCUCCCAGACAGACCUCCCUCUCUCCACGCCUCCACAGAACUGUCCGCUGUUCGCUCAACAAAAACACCUCCCACUCCUUAGACCUGCUCUCCCAACCUGACUCAGAGGGUCCCGGUAAAGAGGCUCAGCAGGUGGAGGAGGAUGAGGAGGACGGGUACGGCGACUUUGAGCGGUACCCCAUCUGCCACAGCCUCCCCAAGCAGAUCAAACUGGGCUGUCACCCUCCGCUGGUCUACAGCCGGAAAGCCGUUUCUUCCGAUGAUCAGCAGUCACCGAGGGCGCCGCCGAGGAAACCUCAGAGACACAGCCUGCCCGCACCGCCGCCGCCUUCCUUCUGUCCUCCUGCGCCUCCUCACGCCAGCACCCCCAUGAGAGAGCUGCCCCCACCUCCUCAGGAGAAAACUGCCUGGCGCUUCUCCCGGCCCUGCGUCACUUUUUUCAGCCGUCAGAUCCCCACCAGGAGCAGCGUGCCGCCUAAAAGCCGAGCGCCGGCGUUAGGGGGCAAGCAGAGGGCGCAGUCCUUCUCCGCAGCCGACCUGGCAACCCGGGCCAGCUCUUCCCAAAAGAGGAGCCUCUCCUUCCGCAAGCUGCUGGAGCUGCGGCUGUCUGUGAAGAUGCUGCCAAAGCUGCUGGCCAAAGGGGGCCAGUCCCUGGACUGCGUCAGCUCGGACUCCAGUAGCGGGGACAAAAGCCUGGAGCGGCCCAGCAGCUGCAUCCAGGACACGGAUAUUCACAGCGAAGAUGUGGAGUAUGAGAACGUGCAGCUGUAUGACGAGAUCCCAGAGUAUAUGAACCUGCCGUUCCACAGCGGCAGGCUGGGCUGGCAGGACGAAGGAGACGCUAACAUCUACGAGGUGCAGGAUCCCUUUCACAGCGAGCACGAAUACGAGAGCGACUGGCUAAAGGACGAUGUCCACUCUGAGGAGGAAGAGAUGCACAGUUCAGACGAAGAGGACAACAGCUCUACCUCCAGCAAGGAGCACCUGGACGAGGCAGACAGACAGCAGGAGGAUGAGAUGAAGAGGAAGAAGGUGGUGCACAUUGCCCAGGAAAUCAUGAGCUCAGAGAAAGUGUUUGUGGAUGUCCUAAAGCUUCUUCACAUAGACUUUCGGGAUGCUGUUGCCAAGGCAACGCGUCAGAACGGGAAGCCAGUGGUGGAAGAGCGGAUCCUCAGUCAGAUUCUCUACUACCUGCCGCAGCUGUACCAGCUGAACAAAGACCUGCUGAGGGAGCUGGAGGAGAGGGUGGCACACUGGAGCGACCAUCAGAGAUUGUCGGACAUCUUUGUCCAGAAAGGUCCCUACCUGAAGAUGUAUUCCACCUACAUCCGGCAGUUUGACAACAACGUGGCUCUGCUGGAUGAGCAGUGCAGGAAGAACCCGGCGUUUGCGUCUGUCGUCCGAGAGUUUGAGAUGAGUCCACGAUGUGCCAACCUGGCUCUGAAACACUACCUUCUGAAACCAGUGCAGAGGAUCCCUCAGUACCAGCUGCUGCUCACAGAUUAUCUGAAGAACCUCCCUGAGGACUCUGAGGACUAUAAAGACACACAAACUGCACUCAGCGUCGUGAAGGAAGUAGCUAAUCAUGCCAAUGACAUCAUGAAGCAAGGGGAUAACUUUCAGAAGCUGAUGCAGAUUCAGUACAGUCUCAACGGCCAGCAUGAGAUCGUUCAGCCAGGCAGGGUGUUUCUGAAGGAGGGGACGCUGAUGAAGCUGUCCAGGAAAGUGAUGCAGCCGCGGAUGUUUUUCCUGUUCAACGAUGCUCUCAUGUACACCACUCCGGUCCAGUCUGCCCAGUAUAAACUCAACAGCGUUCUGUCUCUGGCUGGAAUGAAGGUGAGUAAGCCCAGUCAGGAGGCCUAUCAGAAUGAGCUAAACAUCGAAAGCGUUGAGCGCUCCUUCAUCCUGUCUGCCAGGUCAGCACUCGGCCCCCGGAACAAUCCGACCUUAAAGGUGUUAACUGUGACUUUGAGUUCUGUCCUACUUUGUGUUUGCAGCUCGGCUAAAGAGAGAGACGAGUGGCUGGAGGCCAUCGGCAAGGCUAUCGAAGAUUACACCAAGAAGAAAAUAACUUUCAUAUCGAGCCGAAGUCAGGAAGAGGCGGAAGGUGUCGUUGACAGCGGCGCCCCUUUAGGCUCAAAAGCUCCCAUAUGGAUUCCAGACCUGAGAGCCACCAUGUGCAUGAUCUGCACCUGCGAGUUCACCCUCACAUGGAGGAGGCAUCACUGCCGGGCCUGUGGGAAGGUGGUGUGUCAGGCCUGCUCCACCAAUAAGUACUACCUGGAGUACUUGAAGAACCAACCAGCUCGCGUGUGCGACCACUGCUUCGCCAAGCUUCAGGAAAACAGUGACCGCAGAGCUUCAUCAUCCACAUCUCCAAUUAAAUCUGGAGCGUUUUCCUUCACAAGAAAACAGAAGAAGAUCCCCGCUGCACUAAAAGAGGUGUCCGCCAACACAGAAAACUCCUCCAUGAGCGGCUACCUACACAGGUCCAAAGGCAACAAGAAACAAUGGAAAAGGCUGUGGUUCGUCAUAAAGAAUAAAGUUCUGUACACCUACGCUGCUAGCGAGGACGUGGCGGCGCUGGAGAGCCAACCUUUGCUGGGUUUCUUCCUGAGGGAGGAGAAGAACGGGCCGGCUCAGAAGCUGCAGUUCAAGCUCUAUCACAAAAACACGCUGUUCUACAUCUUCAAGGCAGACGACAUUCCCACGGCGCAGAGAUGGAUCGAAGCCUUCCAGGAGGCCAUGAUUCUGGAGCAGUAGUCGCUUCUGCUGUCAGUGAUCAGCUCCAGGAGGAGCUGCAGGUGGGCGGAUAGUAAACUGCACAUGGAGACAUUUGGACAAGCUCCAGCUUCUGAUGCUCGGCAAUGUGGACCGAGUUCGGAGCGUGUCACAACCGCAGGUCAACGGUCAAGUCCAGAAAGCACGUGUGAGGAAGUACGACCAAAACUGUGCAACAGCUGCUUUAAAGCCGAGAGGUCUGGGGACGAGUUUCAAAAUGCUUUCAGAUGAAGGAAUCACUUUUUUGUAAAGCAGCAUACACUCACUGGUAAAAAGGAAAGCUGUGGAGAUGUAAAUAUUAAGUAAUAUAAUGGUUAUAGUUGGAUUCUUCCCUACAGAUACAGGAAAUGUGAGUUUAAAAAUAGGAUGUAUCUCGUAUAGAGAAACAGUAUGUUCAGUCUAAGUUCAAAGAUCCCCAGUGGACGUACUGUAACGCCCUUAAAAAGGAGGAUAAACUCAAAUAGCUUAUUGCUAAAGAAGCUGGCUUUUCACAGAUUGAUGCAUCAUUCAUGUUAAGUUAAUUGGAGGGAUAUAAUUUAAUUUCCCUUUGGGAUUAAUAUAUUACUUUUAAAUUGAAUCGAAUAUUAUUGAAAAUAAGUUUCACCAGCAGCAGAGAGAGAAGUUAUAUGUGAUUCUGAUCUAAUCUAGAGUGAGGGAGCAGUGCUUGGAAUAGCCAAGCUACUACAGUCCUCUUAAGCGAUUACUGAGCCAGAACAGUUACCUGGACCAAGGAGAAAAAUAAUGGGAUGUUUUUUCAUUGCAUAGUCGGGGGUGGCGAAGUGGCCAUUAGCCAUCCAGACUCUAUGAAGUAUUUUCAAUAAAAAGAAACCAGACUCAACGAUACAGCCACUAUUAAAACAACAUGAGCUUCUAGAACACCUCAGCUGAGUAAAUUAAGCUAAAGGAGCAAACUAUUUUUGUCUGAUGUACUAUUCAGAUUUUAUUAGGACUUUCCUUUGCUGUAUUGUUGUGGUGUUUAAAACAUGUAUGCAAUACGCAGGGUUUGCUUUUAAUCAUCUCUGAUAUCCUUUCCACCCAUUUAAAAAUCUCAAUUUAUCUCGAUAAAAAUUGUCAGCCUAGUAGUUAGAGCAGUGCGCUUCUGCUCUGAGAAAGUUGCAAGUACUGGUUUGAUCCCCACAGCCUACACUCUGGGUUCCUGAGCAAGACCGGAAGUCUUGCACUGUGGAAGUCCACUGCACCCCAAGGGGAUGGGUUAAAUGGGCAGAGUUCAUUUCUCCAAUGUGAGAUGAAUAAAGUUCACUUAUUAUUAUUUAAAAGUCAGUUUUUGAUUUCGAUUGAGGGAUCAAAGACAGCAGAAAGCUUACCUGCCCACAGUCACGGUUCUGCUUUCUGUGCCGUUUUUCUGAGGACUGAUCUUAGAUGAAUCCAUAGGUGAAAGGCUCCCCUGAUAAUGUUCUUGGCUGUCAGUGCCUGCUGCCUGAUGCUGCCCAUCCCCUGGUGGCUCUGCAAAGAAUCAUUUACACACAAAUCUGGUUUCUAAGCCUUUGCUGUAUUUCUUUAUCAGUGAGUGUAUGAGGAAUCUGGCAGUUUUGAUCUAUUGUUUUUGCAGAGAAGUAAUGACAAGGAAGUUUGUCUGAUAAUGUUUGCAGAAUCUAAGAAACAAGUUGGGAUUUUACUGUGAAAAUCCAGCUUUAACGCAAAAUUUGUAAGUUUAUUUUGAAAGGGUCUAACACGAAAUUAAUCAGCAUCCUGGAUAAAACUGGAGAUAUCACAUUUUUUAAAGUAGAUAUUUUUCAAAAUGUCCUUUUUUUCAUCUGUUUAGCCAAAACCAGAAUGUUAUUUUUUGUUUGUUUAUUUUUUAUUGUGUAUAAGGACAUAAACAAACAAUGCUGACCUUAUUCUUUUGUUUUUUGUUUUUUAAAACAAGAGCUAAUAUUUAUAAACUAGGAACAUGUAUUGUCUGAAAAGCGCAGGCUGCCAUUUAUUUUCAGAUUCAGAGUUUUUUUGUAGAAAAGGAUCAAAAUCAUUGUUUUUGUCCUACUUUUGCACGUCAACACUGUGGGAAGUUUGCAUGAACUACGUUUCUUUUAAAUAAAUGCUCAGAAGCAAAGUUUUUGUUUAGAAAUGAAUCUUUCAGUUUACAGACACUGGGGUUUUCUUUUCCCUGUUUUUAAGAUUAGGAAAAAAAUUGCCGGAGUAGUUUGCCAUCCGUUUUUAUGUUUGCUUUGUGUCUUUUUAGGUCAGGGAUUGAUUGUGGAUCAAACACAAUUUAUCACUUUAUUGGAACUGAUUUAUGUCGACAAAUGAGUUGAAAAAUCUCUUUAUCGCAUCAUGACUGAGUUCAAAUUUGUCUUUAGGUCUGUUUGGCUUAUGUUGUAUCAUUGUAAUGUGAUUGUUUAGUUAAUGAUAAAAAAAAACCUGCUGCAGCAUUUUGGGAGAAUCAAGUUCUGAAGCCUUCCUGUGUGACUGUACUUUAACAUUUUGUAAACAGAGUUCACUCUUGAGGAGAAUUUCUAAACUGUCAGGAAACAGUUUUU